CUUCUCUGACCCGCUGGCCAGAGAAUGCCCCCACCUGUUCCUCCCACCUGGGGCCCGCUGGGGUCCCUGCUCCUUGACCCACAGGCCAGCAGCCACUCCCUGCCCUGGCCCUGGCCGGCUGAAUGGUGCCCUCUCGGGUCUUUCUGGGAACAGGCAGUUGGGAAGGCCUUGCUGGGAGAGUUGAGGGCCCGGGUUCCACUGGCAGUUGGGCCGUGACGUGCGAAGGUUCUGGUGACGAAAAGACGGUUCCGGAAGAGCCCCUGCUGCCGUGCGGCUCUGUCCACCUUGCUGUUGGAUCGGAAGGAGAGACGCGAGGGUGGGUGCCCCCCGAGGCCUUCCCUGCCUCCGUCCAGCCGCCCUGGUGCGAGGCCCGGGGCCUCGGCAGCGGCCGAGGCCACGGACGGUGGUUGCCGGUGAAGCCGUGUCGGGCUCCGGUCUCUCUGGGGCAGCGCGAGCCGAGCCCAGCCGGGGCUGCGCUGGGUGACUCAGCUGGACGGGUGGAGGCGAGCACCAUCACCCUGGGGGACCUGGGGCUCUCCCUGGAGGAGGAGCUGGCCAGCCCCGGGCUCUUGAGUCCGGAGGAGAUCUCCGAGAGGUAUGAGUCCAGCCACCUGGCGUCUGCCACGUCCGUCCCCGAGCAGGAUCCCGCUAAGCCCUGGAAGCAGCUGGAGCAGUGGGUGGCCGACCUGCAGGCCGAGGUGGUGUCCCUGCGGGAACACAGGGACCGCUGUGAGCCGGCCAUGCUGAGCCUGCUCCGGGAAAUGCUCCGGCUGCGGGCCUGCGUGCAACUCCAGGACUCGGAGCUGAAGAAGCUUCAGCAGGACCUACGGCGGGUGGCCCGGGCCCCCGAGAAGGAGGCCCUCGAGUUUCCUAGCCCCCAGAACCAGACCCAGAUGCAGGCCCUGGACAGGAGGCUGGUGGAGGUCCGGGAAGCCCUGACACAGGUCCGGAGGAAGCAGGCGCUCCAGGACUCUGAGCGGAAGGACACCGAGCAGGAGGCCAGCCUCAGGUUGGCCGAGCUGGCCGGGAGGCUGGAGCAGGAGGAACAGUCCCGGGAAGCGGCCUGCAGCGGUCUGCAGAAGAGCCAGGAGGAGGCGAGCCAGAGGGCAGACCUUGAGGUGGCCAAGACGCAGGCCCAGGUGACCAAGCUCGGGGAGGAGAUGAGCCUCCGCUUCCUCAAGAGAGAGGCCAAGCUGUGCGGCUUCCUGCAGAAGAGCUUCCUGGCCCUGGAGAAGAGGAUGAAGGUCUCGGAGAGCGCCCGGCUCAAGGCGGAGGGCAGCCUGCGGGAGGAGCUGGACAGCAGGUGGCGGGGGCUGCAGGAGCUGGCCGAGGAGCGCGUCCGGGCCCUGCAGGGGCAGCACGAGAGGACUCAGCGUGCCCCACUGUACACAGCCCCCGUCCUGGUGGGCCCUGUGACCCUUCUCUGCUCCCCGGGUCUCCCGGAUGGUUCUGGAGCCCGCCGCCAGGCCCCCGCCUUGACCCAGCGCCUCGGCGGGCAGGCAGCCUCGGCUGAGGGGCGGUCUGUCUGGGCACCGACCCCCAGGGACGUCAAGGGGCACCUGGAGGAGAGCCGGGCGGGGGAGCUGGCCACCUGCCUGCGGGAGGACCUGAAAGCCGUGCAGCUGGCCGGGGAGCUGGCCCAGCGGGAGGUGCACAGCGCGCUGGACCUGCAACGAGAGAAGAGCCAGGCCCUGGAGGUGUCGCUGGCCGAGCUGGAGACGCAGGUGAAGGACCUGAGUGACCACUUCCUGGCUCUGAGCUGGAGACUGGACCUGCAGGAGCAGACACUGAGCCUUCGGCUGAGCGAGGCAAAGAGAGAGUGGGAAGGCUCAGAGCAGAAAUCCCUGGAGGGCCUGGUCCGCUGUCAGAAGGAGGCUGAGGCGCACCUGAGGGAGGUGCGGGAGCGAGUGGACAGCCUGCCGCGGCAGAUAGAGGCCGUGUCCGACAAGUGCGUCCUCCACAAGAGCGACUCAGACCUCAAGAUCUCGGCCGAGGGCAAGGCCAGGGAGUUCGAGGUCGGGGCCGUGCGGCAGGAGCUGGCCUCUCUGCUGUCCUCUGUUCAGCUGCUCAGGGAGGGCAACCCCGGGCGCAAGAUCGCGGAGAUCCAGGGCAAGCUGGUCACGUUUCAGAGCCAAAUAAUGAAACUGGAGAACAGCAUCCAAGACAACAAGACCAUCCAGAACCUCAAGUUUAAUACAGAAACCAAGCUGCGCGCGGAGGAGUUGGCCAGCCUGCGUGAGAGCGUCGUGCGGCUGUGGAGUGAGGAGGGCCCGUGGGCGCUGACGCUGGGCAGCAGGAGGGUCCUCGGGUCCCUGGUGAGGCAGCGGUUUUUCAUCAAGGACGCGGCCCCCGGAGAGGCGGUCCCCAUGAACUGCUGGGGCAUGUAUCAGGCCGUGAGGUGGCUGCAGUGGAAGGCGGUCCUCAUGAGCCGGGUGGCGCAGCGGAGGGCGAGCGCGGUCUCGGAGAGGUCCCUCUGCCAGGAGCCCGCCCGCCCGCUCACGUCCGCGUCCCUUUCCCGGAAAUAAACGUGCCAGCUCCCGUUGCUGUCGGAGUCCAGAGUCCCCUCCCCCAGGAGCGCGAGCCCAGUGAGCCCUCCACCCAGGGCUUUCCUGGGCCUUCCUGCCGAUGGCCGUGGCGUCCCGGGGCCCCAGCCACUCACUGCAGGCCUCCUUGAGGGCCAGCUGGCCCGGGUCUGGGGUCCCCUGGGUCACGCCCGUGCGGUGGCCAGCACAGGAAGCAGCUCCCCCUGCCCCGAUCUGGGGAGCGAAUGUUGCGUUUGCUCCCACGCUCGAGGAGCGCCCUUUCUUCCCGCCUCCAAGGAGGCCCUCGCUCUUCCCUCCCACGUGGCUGGCCCUGCCACCUGCCUCGGGGCCUCAAGGAGGGGCAGCCCCAGGACCGGGCGGUGGGCAGGUGGUGGGAACAGCUGCCCUUUGCUGCCCACCUGGGGCCUCAG